UCGUGCUCUCUCUCUCUCUCUCUCUCUCUCUCGCGGUGCCUUUCCCUUCUCUGAACCCGCAAUGGCUUACUCCGCCCCUGCCACCGUUGUCCUCUUCCUCGCCGUGCUCUCCCUCCUCUCCGCCUACGCCUCCGCGCGUCCCGGCAUCCCGUUCAACACCGUAUUCGUCAGCUACACUAUCACUACAACUGCCUCGUCCGACGACGCCCUCCCCGGCCUCCACCAAACCUCCGUGUUCGUCUCCGUGUACCGCAUCAUCGCCCCCAUCCGCAACUUCCACCCCGAUUCCCGCCCCACGAGGAUCGCCCGGCCGGCUCUCCUCCCUCGCCGCGAGGUCGUCCCCGCCGAGCCCGCCGCCCUCGGGUUCAGCUCCCUCCAUGACCGCGCUAAGGACGUCCUCGUGGUUGUCAUCGGCCUCCUUUUCGGGGUCGGGUGCGGCGCCAUCACCGCCGCCACCAUGUGCCUGGCUUGGUCCCUCGUCACCCACCGGCACGAGAUCUGCGGCUCCGAUGAGUACAGCGACGAGGAGGAGGGUGCCGACGAGAGCCCCAAGGCGGGCUACGUCAGGAUCCCGGCAGCCGACCCGGUCUCCGUCAAUUAGGGUUAGCGCUUUAUGAACCGCGGGCGAGGGAUUCGUAUAUAUAUUAGCGGACAUGUGCUUCUGUGAAUAUUUGAUGUUAGUUUGGCUCUAAUCCCGUCUGUCGAAUUGACGAUGUUGGAAUCUAUUUACAUUGGGCUUACCUCGAUGUUAUUGUUUCUUGUUCGAUUUAUGGCUUAAGAUAUUGCUUGUUCGAUUUAUGGCAUUGUGAUUUUUCUUUAA